AUGGAUUCGUUUAACGCCAGCGGAAUGGACGCGUUCACGGUGAUCCAUCUGAAUUCCACCUGGAGUCUGGACAGUGGCUAUUCUUUAGGAGCGAUAGCCAGCAUUGCUGCUCUCGUAAGUUUUCUCAUUCUUUUCACCGUUGUUGGGAAUAUUCUGGUGGUUAUCGCGGUGUUGACGAGCAGGGCGCUGAAAGCCCCGCAGAACCUUUUUCUGGUGUCCCUGGCCACUGCGGACAUCCUGGUCGCCACUCUGGUGAUGCCGUUUUCCCUGGCAAACGAACUUAUGGGAUACUGGUAUUUUGGAAAUGUUUGGUGCGGCAUUUAUUUGGCGUUGGAUGUUUUGUUCUGCACUUCGUCGAUUGUUCACCUGUGCGCAAUCAGCCUGGACCGCUAUUGGUCCGUUACGCAGGCUGUAGAGUACAACCUGAAGCGGACUCCCAAACGCGUCAAGUGCAUCAUCAUAAUUGUGUGGCUCAUAUCUGCUUUCAUCUCAUCUCCACCACUCCUAUCUAUAGACAGCAACGCGAGUAUGAGCUCUCAGCCUCAGUGCGAGCUGAAUGAUGACACUUGGUACAUCCUCUCCUCCAGCAUCGCGUCCUUUUUCGCCCCGUGCGUAAUCAUGGUGCUGGUGUAUAUCAGAAUAUACCAAGUGGCCAAAACCAGAACCAGAACCAUGUCGGGAAAAAAUCUCAGGCCAGAUGGUGUUACUCAAACUGAGAAUGAAAUGAGCAAAGCCACCUCCCCUUACCACCGCGAGAGAGAGAACGGUCACUGUCAGUGCCCGCCCACGCCCAGCCAACGCACCGUCACCGUGGGCCACCAGACUAAGGACGCAGACAUGGAGAGCUCCUCCUCGGAGGGCAAAGGUCAUAAAAAAAGCCAGCAGGAGGAUUCCAAGGCAGCCAAGAGGGCCGGCCAGAAGAAGAGCUCCAAACAGUCCACACGCAUCUCCAGAGUCAGUCACAAAUCCAUGGACCUCUUCACCUCCAGGAGGAAACGCCGCCGGAGCUCCCUAUCCAGGAAGAAGGCCUCUCAAGCCAGGGAAAAGAGGUUUACUUUUGUGUUGGCUGUGGUCAUGGGGGUGUUUGUCGUGUGCUGGUUCCCCUUUUUCUUCAGCUACAGCCUGUACGGUGUGUGCAGGGACUCCUGUAAGAUCCCCGACCCGCUCUUUAAAUUCUUCUUCUGGCUCGGCUACUGUAACAGCUCCCUCAACCCGGCCAUCUACACCAUCUUCAACCGGGACUUCAAACGCGCCUUCCAGAAAAUCCUCUGCAAGUCGUGGAAAAAGUCCUUUUAGAUCUGAAGCGAACUGCCUGACCACCGUGGCGAUCUCAAAGGGUAUAUAUAUCAAAGUCAAUUUAGAAAAAGAAGAAGCCUGUUGUGUCUCAUUGUCCUGUGUAAUUCAGUCAUGGCAGUGCACCACCUGGGUGUCUCUACAAGGUCGUAUUAGUGGGCAUCACCUUUCUUUGUGUGCUGUAAUGCUUUAUAGUGAAUGAUCAUCAUCAAGCUCUUUAUACGUCCACAAAAGAUACACACAUGGCCAGAUGUAUGUGCUUGGAGACCCCAUGGCAAAAAAAUGACCUCCUGGUUAACCCCACUAAUGGUGUACGCCCACUCACUGUACAGUGUGUAACAUUUCUCUAUCAUUUCUGUGAUAGAUUACUACUUGGUCACAGAUUUGCUGGAGGUAACGUAUGUAUUUCAAAAUCUGUUACAUAUACCGUUCAAAAGUUUGGGAUCACCCAGACAAUUUUGUGUCUUCCAUGAAAGAUCACACUUUUAUUUAUCAAAUGAAUAUAAAAUAUAGUCAAGACAUUGACAAGGUUAGAAAUAAUGAUUAAUAUUUGAAAUAUUAAUUUUGUUCUACAAACUUCAAGCUCAAAGGAAGGCCAGUUGUAUAGUUUAUAUCACCAGCAUAACUGUUUUCAGCUGUGCUAACAUAA